AUGGGUCAGAACGACAUCAUGAGCACCGCUGAGGACUUCGCGGACCAGUUCCUGAGGGUGACGAAGCAGUACCUCCCCCACGUGGCCCGCCUGUGCCUGAUCAGCACCUUCCUGGAGGAUGGCAUCCGCAUGUGGUUCCAGUGGAGUGAACAGAGGGAUUACAUUGAUGGAACGUGGAACUGUGGCUAUUUCCUGGCCUCCAUCUUUGUGUUCAUAAAUCUCUUCGGACAGCUGAGCGGCUGCAUCCUGGUGCUGAGUAGGAACUUUGUGCAAUAUGCCUGCUUUGGACUGUUUGGAAUUAUAGCAUUACAGACUAUUGCAUAUAGCAUUCUAUGGGACCUGAAGUUCUUGAUGAGGAACCUUGCCCUUGGGGGAGGCUUGCUGCUGCUUUUGGCUGAGUCACGCUCAGAGGGGAAGAGCAUGUUCGCUGGUGUCCCCACCAUGCGGGAAAGCUCUCCUAAACAAUACAUGCAGCUCGGGGGCCGUGUGCUGCUGGUCCUCAUGUUCAUGACACUGCUGCAUUUUGAUAUGAACUUCUUCUCUAUUCUGCAGAACAUCGUGGGCACAGCCCUGAUUAUCUUGGUGGCAAUUGGCUUCAAGACUAAGCUGGCUGCCUUGACUCUAGUCAUCUGGCUGUUUGGCAUAAACAUCUACUUCAAUGCCUUCUGGACCAUUCCAGCCUACAAGCCCAUGCAUGACUUCCUCAAAUACGAUUUCUUCCAGACCAUGUCUGUAAUUGGAGGGCUCCUCCUCGUGGUUGCACUGGGUCCUGGCGGAGUCUCCAUGGAUGAGAAAAAGAAAGAGUGGUAACAGGAGUAGCAACACUUUUGGGACAUAGCAUAUUAAGUCCAGAACUGAUUCUCAAAAUACGGAUUCAAAGUAUGGAUUCAACAAAAACUGCCAGCAUUUUACACAUACAUGUCCCCUUCCUAUUAAAGGCACAGAUGUUUUGAAUUUGAUUUACAGUGGCACCAGUAAUACAAUAGAUAAAACCUUAUUUCUUCAAGGAAUGUUGCCUAGGCUUAUUGUUCUAACUUUAUAGAUUUGGAACUAACCCAAUGAACCUGCAUUUUGCUGAGGCUUCAGUGAGUUGCAAUAGAACGGUUGCUGUCUUCAAUGUCAGCAGUGUUUUAAAAUUUGAAGUACUGUGAGCAGAUACAGCUGUAUCAUUUGGUGUGCUGUUGGGUUUUAGCUAUAACUGAAAAAGUGGAUCCCCUUUCUCACCCUCAUCAGAACUCUAUCUUGUGUAUAAGGAGUUCCACUGCUGGUUAUAGCAUUGCUUAUCAAGGUGGAAAGCAGCAUCAAAAGAACUCACUGUUAUUUUGCUGCUCAGGGGGCCUGUAACUCUUCUUUUAUUUAAAAAAAAAAAAAAAGGGGGGGGGGAGGUCUUUCCUGCACCCAAAUAGAUGGCAAAAAGAAAACACUGAAAGUAGCUAUAUCCUCUCCUAGGUAAGAAAAGGGAGAGGGUUUUCUAACUUGUAACGGUUCUGUUCUUGAGGGGAAUGAGGUGAAAUUCUGUAUUGCUUAUGCUAUUUCAAGAAGGAAGGGGCAAGGUAUUCCCAAAGAGAGCUAGAUUCUGAUAAAAUUCUGUGCCAAAAGAACUUCUUAAUUCAGCAUUCUUUCCCCAGAGUUGCCCCUUCCUGAAUUUCCAAGAAAAGGAGCUAAGCUAUGCUGCAGGUUCCAUAAUAAAAGCUCCUUUCUGCUAUUAAACCAGCUUCCAUCCAUACAUGCUCCAAACUCAUAUCUGAAUUGCAGGUUACUGGUGAAAGUGUCUCUAGAAUCAUGGAAAUUCCCCUUUUCCCUGUACUCAGUACAUGCAGAAUGAGAGCAGUCAAUCUUCUAAACUAUAGUCUUUGCUUCCUAGAUUCACUUCUGUCAGUCUCAGCUGCAAAAGCCCAAGUUGACUGAACAGUGGAAGAGCUGGGAUGUUGAAGUGAGUAAAACCUCUCUCUCUGACAUCUUGGCCCACACUUGAGAUGUGCAGGGAAGGAGUGUGGAAGGCAGCUGUGUGCUGCGUACAGUCCCAGUUCUCAAUGCUGUAUUACAAAACAGUUAUAGCUGAAGAAUGCAAGCGCUAAGCCUGUGCAGUGAACAAGCAGCCAGGGAUGUAACUUGCAUAUUCAGAGGAAGGAACUCCUCAGCUUAAUAGCGAGGAGAGAGGAAGGUCCUGUUUUCACCUCUCAGUGCCACAGCCUCUGUGCCAUGAACACAUUUAGUUAGUGCUGCUCAGAGGAGGCAUUUUGUCCUCUGCUGGUGAAGUAGGUGAACCUGUUUCACAAGAUCAUGAGAGCAUUCUAGACUCCUAGCAAGCAUGAGCCCUACCAACUUGCUAACAUUACAUGGAUUUCUUGCACUGUUGUCUCCCUUGAGAAGGCUGCUCAGCUAUUUGUUCAGAAAGUAAUUCAGCUGAACUUUUCCAGCAGGAACUAUUUACCAGAUUUUCUUGGCAAGGACACUAGCCUGGACAGUUCUGUUAAAUGGUUGCUUUUUAGGUGAGAAAACUAGGCCAAGAACUGAUAGCAAAUAGAAGAGCACUGCUUCAUGUUAAACUAGUGAUUUCAACUUCAAGGGAAAAGUAGCCCAUGUAAUAGAUGCGCUGCUGCUGAAGAAAACUGAUCAGUAUGCGGGGUAGGUGAGAGGAAGCCAGCAUUUACGUUCUGGUCACUUUGAAGGCUUUCUUCUAAACAGAUUUUGCAGGAGAGGUUUUUGCCUCAAGUGUUAAUUGUGCCUGUCUCUUCAUAGCAAACCAAACUGUUCCUUUCAAUUCCUGAUGUUCAGCACAGGAUGUUCUUGCUCAACUUCACUGCAGGUCCUGUAACUGUCUUAGACAUCAAGGCAGCCAUUCUCAGAUAUCUUAACUGCUGUUGAUGUUCAUAGUAUUUAUAAAUUGAAUGGUAGAAACAAUUUCUGUACGUAGCCCUUAGUUAGCUUCCUCAGCUUGUUCUUUGUGUCCUGUCUAACUAAGGAGCUGGAUGACAGACUAUCUGAACUAUUAACCAGUUUCCUCUGUUCUGUGAAAAUAAAGAGUUAACUUUCCAACAAAAGACCCCAGAGAAGGGAAUUGAUACUGCCCCUUGCAGCAGAAAUAUUUUAGUACUAAAGGGGCACAGUUAGGUGGAGGGCAUUAUAAGGUAUUUCUAAGCAGCGCAAUACCUGGACUUUGAGUCCUGAUGCAGAAGAUUCUGGUUUCUUGCAUACACUGCUGUAUUUGUGCAUCUCCCAGAAAUACAGUGACCUCCCCCAGUAGCUGAGAAACAGGAUGUCAGCUAUCAAUUGGCUCUGUAAAGUGUUCUGGAAUUAAUUCUGAAUAUAUUUUUGCUUUCUAUGUGGAAAAAAAAAGUAUAAAUUCUCAUUUUAUGCUGUAUUUUGUACCUUAGUUGUGUUUGAAAAUGUUUUGAUUUUUUUGAAACAAUCAAAAUAAAAACAAUGGCAUCUUUGUA